UGUACACAGCAUCAGUAUCGUCAAUACCCUGAAUUUUACUUGGUAUCUGAUCGGAAAGCAAAUCAGUGGUAUCGCACAUCACUAGAUGUUGGUGGUUCACUCUGUCUUCUCCAGCCAGCAUGUCAAAGUAUCCAAGAGCAAAAUACUGAACCUACUGCCCUCGGUGCAUCCAUCAGACUGCGAUGGUGCUUAGGUAUAAAAAAAAUCGCUUACAUGAAUAGAUGUAUGAUUGUGUGAAUGAGGCUUGGAGUAAAAAGUGCUUUGAUUGAUCAGUCAGAGUAGAAAAGUGCUAUUUAACCACCAGUCAAUUUAAUGUGACUUUAAAAUUUGGAACAACCUUUAGAGAGAUGGUAAAUAAAUUCAGUUAGACCUCUUUUCAUUCAGUACUUAAUGUACUUUCGUUAUGUUUCUAAGUUGAACCAUGUGUGGAACUUCAGAUUUGACCCAAUGAAUUAGAUUCUGUAGUUUCUGACAGUAUUUUUAAGUUUUUAGUUUUAUCCUUGUUUAGUUGCUCAUGUAUUUAUUUGCUGCUACUAGGUAGAUAUAAAAAGAGUUUAUAGCUGCAAUCUGCCACAUGCAUGGCACCACAAAAUUGCUCGGCUCACAGUUGGAACCACUGGCAUCAGCAAUUUUGUGGCAAUUUUUUACAGAUGGAAAUUACCUUGACCAACACUAUGUAACAGUUAGCUCUCAAACUGGUCAAAAUGUGGUCUGGUUUUCAAAGGGAAAACAGGCUACAUAUUAGCACAACAACCAUCAUCAUAACCUUGGUGGAAGAAAGGUACUAAACUAGUGUUUUGCACCAAUGCUGGUUAUCAGCCUACAAGAUAAUUAUUAAAUUGUGUACAUUUAGAUCAAUUAAACUUACCAAUGGAUUUCUGUCUUUUGUUACUCUUGCAGGGUGAAUGCUCUCAGAAGUGCCGAAACAUGUUCUUGGUAGAGUCGAUUUGCGUGGCUUGGUUCACUUUGGAGUUUCUGGUGCGGUUUUUCCAUGCACAGAGCAAGCUGGAGUUCAUUCAGGGACCACUCAACAUUACUGAUAUAGCCGCCAUCUUGCCCUACUAUGUUUCCCUGUUUCUUGAGUUUAAGGACGAAACAGUGCACGAUAUUGUUGCUGGUGCAGGAAAGAGCACUCUAGAUAAACUGGGUCUAAUCCUGCGUGUGAUGAGGGCCUUGCGUAUCAUGUAUGUCAUGAAGCUGGCCCGUCACUCUAUGGGUCUGCAGACUCUGGGGCUGACCAUGCAGAGAAGCGUGACUGACUUUGGCCUGCUGCUGCUCUUCAUCUGUGUCGCCGUGGCCCUCUUUUCUCCACUUGUCCACCUUGCUGAAAGUGAGCUGGCUCCAAAUGCUGCUAGAACCCCCCAGCUAAUGUUCAGCAGCAUCCCAGCAUCAUACUGGUGGUCCAUCAUCUCCGUGACCACCGUGGGGUAUGGAGACAUGGUGCCACGCAGCAUUCCCGGCCAAGUGGGGGCGCUAAUCAUCAUCUUAGCAGGGAUCCUCAUCCUGUCUUUCCCUUCCACAUCUAUCUUCCACACUUUUAACCGCACUUACAAUGAACUUAAAGAAGAGCACAAGAGGCUGUGGAAGGAAGAGAGGGGUGCUGAGCUUGCCACUGGGGCUGAAGAAAGCAUGAAAGAAAGAGAAACAUGGCCUGAUAAUUGGCCUGAAACUGAUUUUCUGCCUGAUCUAGAUGAUCAUUAUUACCUCUCCAUGAAAGACAUUCAAAUGCUGAAUAAGAACACAAGCCAUCAACCACUUAUUGCUCCUGCUACAUUUUGAUUAUAUGAAAAUACAUUCCUGAUGGGACUUGGUGUAUACUCAGAAAAGCUGUAGGAGGUAGAAAAUAUGGAUAUGGACAUUAUUUUUGUGAUGAUUGUGAUGGCAAACUGGAAACUGCACCUAGAACAGAAACAGCUGCAUUAUACUGAUAACAAAACUUCCGUUCUCAGGAAGCAUCUGAACAGACAGAUGCUAACACAAAGCUAGCCAAGAACCGAAACUAAUGUUAAGGUGAUAAGUGAUGAGCAGUAAGGGUUGUUGCAAUGCAGCCUUUAUUUUUUUCUCUUCAAGUUCCUACAGUAGUGUUCAUAUGUAAAUGGUACAAAAAAAUCAUGUGUCCUAAGUAGGACAGGGAUUUGUGUUGGUGUGUGGGACUGUAGCUUAAGGUUUAUAUUAACAGUGUGUAAUACAUUACUUUUUGAGUAAUCAUCCCAACAUUGUUCACCUACCUUUGUCAUGUC